UCCAGGCUCAAAAAUACAAAAAUGAAGAUUGACAAGGUCACGAAAUGGAAGACUCUACUUUGGUCAACAAUUUUUGUUCAAUCAUUAUUUGCAGGAGAUUGUAGGGGGAGAAUGCAUGGAGAAGGAAAAUCGAAAGUAGAGGCACCCAGCCCAAAUCCGGGGCUAGCCACUGGUGUACGGGUCAAUGCAACAGGCAAUCAGGUUGUGUUGGACAAUGGCAUGAUUCAAGUCACCUUUGCUGUUCCGGAGGGAUACGUUACUGGGAUCCGAUUUGGUGGCCUAGACAAUAUACUUGAUGUCACUAAUAGGAUAUCUGAUAGAGGGUACUGGGAUAUAGCAUCAGCCAGUAACCCAGACAAUGAUGACUCGGAUGAAAUAAGUGUCGUAGGAGCCAGUUUCAAAAUCAUAAGCCAAACUCCGGAUAAGGCAGAAAUUUCAUUUGUAUGUCCGCAGACUAAAUCACUUCCACUACAAGCAGAUAUUAGGUAUGUGAUGCUUCAAGGUAGCUCAGGGUUCUAUGCUUAUGCUAUUUUUGAGCGUCAAAAGGGAUCACCGCCUUUGAACGUGGAUCAGAUCAGGACUGUUUACAAGCUUCAACCUGACAAGUUCCGUUACAUGGCAGUUUCAGAUAAGCUACAAAGGUUAAUGCCAAUGCUACAAGACCGUGAGACCGGACAACCUUUAGCCUACAAAGAAGCUGUUCUCUUGACAAGACCAACCAAUCCUAAGAUCAAAGGACAAGUUGACGAUAAGUACCAAUAUGCUUGUGAUGACAAAGAUAACAAGGUACAUGGGUGGAUUAGCACUGAUCAUGGAAUUGGAGUGUGGAUGAUAACACCAACUGAUGAAUUCCGAAUGGGAGGUCCUCUUAAACAAGACCUUACAUCUCAUGUUGGUCCGACCAUGCUUGCUAUGUUUCAUAGUACUCAUUAUGCUGGUCCCGAUCUGAUAAUGAAGUUCAAGGACGGAGAGCCAUGGAAAAAGGUAUUUGGACCGUACUAUGUGCACUUAAAUUCCCUACCUGGCAAAGGAGAUCCUAAUAUGCUAUGGCAACAUGCAAAAGAUCAGAUGCUCAGAGAAACUGAGAGUUGGCCUUAUGAAUUCCCAAUGUCAUUAGAUUUUCCUAAGGCUAAUCAACGUGGAUCUGUCGCAGGAAGAUUGCUCGUCAAUGAUGGAGCAAAAGCUAUACCAGCAAAUAUUGGGUGGGUUGGUUUGGCUCUACCUGGUGACGCAGGCUCGUGGCAAUAUGAAAUGAAAGGUUAUCAGUUCUGGACUCAGACUGAUCGCGAUGGAAAGUUCGUGAUAAAAAAUGUUCAUCCUGGCACUUAUAAUUUAUAUGCAUGGGUUCCAGGAUUCAUAGGGGACUAUAAAUCUACAUCAACUGUCACUGUUGCACCAGGGAAACAAGUUAGUUUGGCUGAUCAAGUUUUUACACCUCCACGAAGCGGACAGACAAUGUGGGAAAUCGGAAUCCCUGACCGUACUGCAGCAGAAUUCUUUGUCCCUGACCCUAGACCAGACCUCACCAACCCAUUGUUUUUACACGAUAAUGAGAACAAGUACAGACAAUAUGGUCUGUGGGAUCGAUACACCGAUCUUUACCCGAAACAAGAUCUUGUUUACACUGUUGGUGUCAGUGACUAUAAAAAGCACUGGUUUUUUGCUCAUGUACUCAGGAGGGUAGGACAAAUGUAUGAACCAGCUACAUGGCAGAUUGUAUUCCCCUUAAAGGAAGUUGUGCCUAGCGGUAACUAUACAUUACAUAUCGCGCUAGCAGGUGCAACUCAAUCUGAAUUACAGGUUAGAGUCAACAACCCAGACGUGAAGUCCCGUCCUGUUUUUACAACACUGCUUAUAGGCAGGGAUAACGCGAUUGCAAGGCAUGGGAUACACGGAAUCUAUCGGUUAUAUAGCAUAGGCAUAAAGAGUGACUCUCUUAAGACUGGAGACAAUACAAUUUUUCUGACUCAGUCCAGGAACAAGGAAAUGUUCCGCGGAGUUAUGUAUGACUACAUACGAUUAGAAGGACCCUCGGCGUCUCCUAGGAAAUUGUUGCAAGAACUUUAAGUGGUUCUUCAUAGUUAGAUGUAGGACAUUGUAAUUUCUAAACACAGCUUCAUUUCCUAAAAAGUGCCCAAAUUUGUCGUGGCACUUUUAAUAGGAAGAUGUAAUAUAAUAACAUUGGCGAGCUAAACUUAUCACCAAAUAUAAAUACAUCCCUUAGCCCUAAAUUGAUAGUUUUAAUAAUAUCAAUUCAUAGUGGCUUUUAUCACUAUUUCUGGCUUUCAAGUUUACAGGUUUUUGGUUUUUUUUUUUUUUGUGUCCAAAUUUCUGAAAAAUCGUGUAUGUUUCCUAGAAAUAGUUUACUAGAUUCCGUACAUGACAAUGGUAGAAAUUCAUAUUGCUCUGUG